GGCUAGUUUAUCGGAAUUGAUGUAUUGAUGAGAUGUCAACAACGGAAAACAAAUCUGUUGAGAUCACUAAAGGCAUCAAUGGUCUAGACAAAGUCAUACUUCGUGAAAUCAACGGCAGUUCUGCAGAGGUAUAUCUGUAUGGAGGUCAUGUGACAUCUUGGAAAAAUGAACAUGGAGAAGAGUUGCUUUUUGUCAGUAGUAAGGCAAUCUUUAAGCCUCCAAAGGCAAUACGUGGGGGUAUUCCUUUAUGCUUUCCACAAUUCUCAAAUCUAGGAACUCUUGAAGCACAUGGAUUUGCUAGAAAUAGAGUUUGGACUGUAGACAUUGAUCCACCUCCUUUUCCAUCCAAUACCACCAAUAGAGUUUUUGUUGAUUUGCUACUUAAGCCCACUGAAGAGGAUCUGAAGAUAUGGCCUCACAGCUUUGAGUAUCGACUGAGGGUUACUCUAGGACCUGCUGGAGACUUGAUGUUGACAUCCCGGAUCAGAAAUACAAAUACUGAUGGAAAGCCAUUUACUUUUACAUUUGCAUAUCACACCUAUUUCUCUGUUUCUGAUAUCAGUGAAGUUCGAGUAGAAGGAUUGGAGACACUUGAUUUUCUUGACAAUAUGAAGAACAGGGAAAGAUAUACUGAACAGGGGGAUGCAAUCACCUUUGAAUCAGAGGUUGACAGGAUUUAUCUGAGCACACCAACAAAGAUUGCAAUUCUGGAUCAUGAAAAGAAACGCACAUUUGUCAUUCGCAAAGAUGGACUUCCUGAUGCUGUGGUGUGGAAUCCAUGGGAUAAGAAGGCAAAAUCCAUGACUGAUUUUGGAGAUGAUGAGUACAAACACAUGCUUUGUGUAGAGGCAGCAGCAAUUGAAAAGCCAAUUACAUUGAAGCCUGGUGAAGAGUGGAAAGUAAGGCAAGAACUAAACAUUUUGGCUCAUCAAUAUCAUGUACAGGAUUGUGUUGUGGUGAAAGAAAGCAAGGCUAAUGCCAGAGAAGUUGUCAAAAAGAUACUUAUAUUUUGUUCACUUCACUAA